AUGGCUGCCGCCGCCCCCGCCGCCGCCGCCAAGUCCCCGCCGUCAGCGCCGGCUCCAGGGCCCGAUGCCGACGCCAUGAACGAAAAGAAGCGCACGGCGGCCAAGGUGGUCACCUCGCUGUUUCCGCGCAUUCCGAAGGUGACCACGGUGCUGCUGGAGUUCUACAUCAGGCGCGAGAGCAACCUCGAGCUGGACUGCGAGCCGCUCAUGUUCUUCUGCAAGGAGCAGGUGCUGCUCGCCGCGCAGGACAUCCUCGACAAACUGAACAAGCAGAUCGUCACGUACCAGGACGUGCGAGACGUGGCCGAGAACCUCAUAGGGUUGCAUAACCUGGCCUACAAAAAGAGUCCCGAGAUCGGCAAGGUAACGGGCGACAACAUUCGCAAGCUGAUGAUCAUCGUCGGCGAGCUGGCCACCUCGCUGGAGAAGGUGUCCGAAGUGCCGCCCACGGACUGGAUGGGUAUCGGCGACACGGUCGUGGCCAAGACGGCGACUCUGAACAUGGCCGAGGUGGCGCCCUUCUACACGUACAUUCCAAAGAUGAAGGACUUCCUCUCCCAAAAAUUGCUCGGGGCCGGCGGAUUCGGCGCUGUGUACAAGGCGGUCUACAAGCCGACCAACCUGACCGUCUCCAUGAAGCUGGUGCCAUGCGAUAAGUUCCAGAGGCACAAGCAGGCCUGCAUCGACAAGGUGUGUGCGUCCGUCAUCGGGCACCCGUUCCUGGUGAAGUACUACGCCUGUUUUGCUAGUCGCGACGCCUACGUCACCGUUAUGGAAUACAUUUGCGGCGCCGACAUGAUGCGAGUGUGCGAAAAGGCGGUCUACCUGCCGACCAAUGAGUGCCGCAUUGUCAUGGCGCAGCUGAUCCUCGCCAUCGAGCACAUGCAUCUCAGGGGUCUGCUCCAUCGGGAUAUCAAGGUGUCCAACAUGAUGAUCCUUCCUGGAGGGAGAGUGAAGGUAAUCGACUUCGACACGAACAAGAUCUGCGUAGCACACUUCGCUAAGCGUGUUCUCAAGGGCUACUUCACAAGGACGGCGUUCGAGUUUUACGACGGCGAGUCGGCGGGCACCAUUCCGUACAUGGCCCCCGAGAUCUUGAAACGGAAGCCUUACGGACGCUCCUGCGAUUGGUGGUCGACCGGGGCCACCAUGUACAAGAUGAUGACCGGCCGCGUGCCCUUCCGCGGCGAGACCAAGCAGGAGCUGACGGACAAGAUCAUCAACCAGCCGCUCAAGUGGCCCAAGGUCGAAGAGCACCCGCACUCGGCCACGCCCGAGGCUAAAGACAUGGUCUUCAAGUUCCUCAAGAAGAACCCCGUCGAGCGGCUCGGAUCAACCACGUACGCAGAGAUCCGCGACCAUCCCUUCUACGCGGGAUUCAACUGGAAGAAGCUGGUCUUCCAGAAGGGUGACCUGUGCGACAUCCCCGCCAUCGGAGAGUGCAUGGUCAAGAAGGCGGACCCCGGAGGAGGGAAGCCACAUUUGACCAUCAGCGCCACGAGCAACACUCUGAAGCGUAAGCUUGUCAAACCGGAAGAGAUGGUGGACAUCGACCCAACUUCGCAGAGUUCCCUCUAUACCUUCGCCUCUCCGAGCUUCAAGAAGAUGAUAAACUUUGCGAAAACGGCUGCCGGUCCUGUAACAGUGAACGCUUCCAUGUUCAAGUCUACUGGCCCGGAGUCCGAGACACUGGACUACCACAAGGCAUCGGACGUGGACGUCAAAGCCGGCAUCAGGAACCUAACCGGUGCCUCAACUGACAAAUCGAUAACGGCGAAAGAAAAGAUGGACAUCAUCAUGUGGAGGACUAAGAGCCUCGGAAAAUUCUGGAGCUUCGGCAUAACCGUCGUCGACGUCUUGGGGGAGAACAACAGGAAAUUCUACAUGGUCGAGAAAGUCAAAAGCGGCAGUCCCGCCGAAGUGUCGCACGUGCUCGAAGGCGAUGUCCUCGUGGCGGUCAACAACCAAGACAUCUCGGAACUGCCCAUCGCCGAGGUCAAACGACGCAUGCAGGACUGCGGCGACCAGCUGGUCAUCACGGUGCUAUCGUCGAGCGCCUUCCGGCUGCUCGAGUCUCGACGAGACUGGGACGAGAUACUCAAGGCGGCUGGACAGGACACCAUCCAGGUGCGGGCCAUCAAGACAGCCUGCAGCGGCAGCGGCUACUACGGCUUCAAGGUGUUCGAGGCUAAGGCGUGGAACGAACAGAAGAAGGCGCUGGUGCACUGCCACGUCAUUCAGAAGACCACGGAGGUGCAGGUGGUGACGCCCAACAAGGCGAUGUACCCGGGCGACGUCCUCGUCAUGGUAGACGGCGCGCCCACGGACAGCUUGGACUCUGCGGGCGUCAAGGCGGCCCUGGCCAAGGGCGCCAACGAGCUGAGCAUCACCAUCGCGCCCAUGUCGCCUCUGAGGCUCAAGAGGCCCUCGUACACGCGUCUGCACGAGACGGUGAUGACCGACGCCAACGUGCCGGAGCCGUCAGCGAAGGCUAACAUCGAUAACGCACCUGCGGCCGGCGGUGCAGCCGGUGCUAAACCCGAUGCCGGUGCUAAACCCGCAGCGGCACCGGCAGCGCCAGCGAAGCCGUGA